AUGGACCCGGGUGCAUUUUAUGAAAAAUGUGCUGCAAAAGUGCCCCCUGACUACAGUGAUGACUCUGACCUGGAUUCAUCGAGCGACGAAGAGCCUGAAAACGCUGUUUUAGCCCGGACAACUGACAGUGAGGAUGAAGAGGCCUCAGGAGCUCCAAGCGCGGGCAGUAUCGACAAUGCGCUUGAAGAAAUCCCCAAGCCUUCGAAGGAUUCUCCCACAUGGAAGGCUGUCCGAGGCUCCUCGAGUAAUGCCAUGCCUGAGUGGAAAGACGUACCACCCUACCCAUCCCCGGUGGAGUCGCCCAUCACCUAUUUCAGAAACUUCUUUGACGUGACAUUCCUGUCUCACAUCUGUGAGCAGUCCUCCCUGUAUAGCGCUCAGAGGAAUCCCAACAAAGUUACUUCAAUGACAGUCAAUGAUUUAGAGCAGUUCAUCGGUACAGUGCUCACUAUGUCGCUUAUGAAGCUGCCUCAAACACGCAUGUACUGGUCGCAGAGGUUCCGAGUCAGUCAAGUCGCCGACACCAUGACGAGAGACAGGUUGGAAGAAAUCAAGCAGUCACUGCAUUUUAGUAACAACCAGGAAGCACCAGACCAGAAUGACCCCGAACGUGACAGGCUUUACAAAGUGCGGCCCCUGUUGGACCACCUGGUCGCCAAAUGCCACGAGAUACCAAAAUCUCAAAAGCUAUGCGUUGAUGAGCAGCUGGUGCCGUUCAAAGGCCGCAGCUCAUUGAAGCAGUAUUUGCCCAAUAAGCCGAAAAAAAUGGGGUUAUAA